ACAACCCUCGGACCUGGGCGACACCAAUCCAUCCCGCUCGUCCCCACACGACUCCAUACUAAGACGGAUUGAAUAUACCUCCGGCUCUUGGUAUUGAACCAGGUGGAUACCGCAACGCGACAGGGCAUGUCAAGGUCUUCGUUUGACGGGCCUUUUAGAAUGCCAUAUCACUCAUGGACAAAACAUGGUUGCUGCCCCCGUUGCUACCCCCGUUGCUGCUCGCGAAUUAUUCAACACGAAGCACUCUAUCCGCCUUCUGGUGCGAGAGCCGAUAGUAUCAUGCUCACUAUAAAGUGCAGUGGCACGCCUUACGAAGUGAAUUCCUACCUAUCCCCGCGCGUGUCUUGUGUACUGUUUGGGGUUUUUUUGGCCUGACUUUGAUAGAUCGGGCGCCAACAUGGUUCUAGUGCGCAAUUGCAAAUUCAGCGAUGCCUUGCCUUCUACGCAGGAAUGUUCCAAAAGGCCAGCGCGAUGGACUGGGACGAGGUUCGAUGCGUCGCGCAAACCUUUGAGACCAAAGUCAAACGCAAAUGGCCACAUUACCUGGAAGAAAUGAAAGGUGUGGCGGACGGCGCCGGAGUUUCGUUACUGGACAUCCUGGCAUUGAAUGUCCGGACCGAGAUUGCAUUCGGCCGGUGGACCGACGGCUGUACCUCGCUGUCGUGGCAGACCGAAAAGCACAGUUUUCUGGCCCAGAAUUGGGAUUGGGAGAUAUCACAGCAGGAAAACUUAAUCGUCCUUGAAAUUCGCCAGCUGGACAAGCCAACCAUCCAAAUGGUGACUGAGGCGGGCAUGGUAGGCAAGAUAGGCUUCAACUCGGCCGGCGUCGGGGUGUGCAUGAAUGCCAUCAGGACAAAAGGCGUAGAUCUGGAUCGACUCCCCGUCCACCUUGGGAUGCGCAUGGUCCUCGAAAAUUCCACAGCGAGGGAUGCCCUCGAGUCGCUGAAGCAAUCCGGUCUCCUCGCCGGACCCGUCCAUCUGCUGAUCUCGGAUGCUCACGAAUCGUACGGGUGUGAGUACACGUCCACCACCCACGCGACGCUGCCUCCCGAUUCCCGCGGGCGCGUGAUUCACUCGAACCACCUACUCAUGUCCCACCCAGGGGUCGUGGACACGGUAUGGCUGUCCGACUCGCCUUUCCGUGUUGAGCGAAUGCGCGAGUUGACGGACGCGGUGGAAGAUCCUUCGUGGACCGACGUCCAUUCCUUCUUCACCGACCGCAAGAAUGCUCCGGCAGCCAUUUGUCGAGUGGGUGAUAAUUCGACUUUGUUCAAUAUCAUCAUGGAUCUGAAGCGGCGAGAGGCCGUCGUUCGUCUAGGAUUUCCUGACGCUCCUGUAGAACGGCUGGAGUUGAAGCUGUGAGCUUUUGGCGCCUUUAUCUUGACGGUGGAAUGUGUUGGAUGCUAAAGUCUGGGAAUUCCUUUCUGCUCUACUAGGUUUUAUUCUGUGGAAAGGAGACACACUUUGAUACAUCAAUGCCUGGCUUCUGAUGCUAUGCGUGUAUAUGAGUAAAUGAUCAAGUGUUCAUAUUAGA